UUCAAAAGUCUUAUCGGUUUUACUGUUCGCUAAAACUUUUUACUCAUUCGUCUUUCAUCGCUCGAGUUGAAAUUAUAACCAUCAUGAAGUUUUUACAGUUUAUUUUAAUAGGUGUAAUGUGUAUUACCAUCGAUUCUAAAAAUUUCACUAAAAAUAUAUUAUUUGAAAAUUGUAAGAACACUGAUUGGUGGGUGAAAAAUAUUUCUCCAUCAUUGCCUGUAGAUAAUAAAAUCAAUUUUGAAGCCGAAGUAGGAUUUGGUGAAAAAACUGCAAGUUCUGGUCAUUUAAUAAAAUAUACAUUAACAAAUUGUAGCGAUUUAUGGUGCAAAAGUCAUGAAAAUUUAACUGUCGAAGGACUUAAUUGUGCAGUUAAUAGUACGGAAGUUGAGAAAGAACCUUGUUUAAUAGCGAAGAUUUUGGUAGACUGGACACAGAAUGCAACGAAUUUAAGAAACUUGAGUGUGAAAAAAUUAAAAAAUGGCUGCGUCAAUUAUGACGUAGCUCAGCCGGUUGAAAAAAAACCAAAUCCACUCGCUCCUGGCUCGUUAUUUGAACCGUUUAUUAAAAACAUUCCAAUGAAUCCUGCUUUGGCAAAAUAGUAUUAUUUAAAUUUUAUUGUGAUGAUGAUCAUGUAGAAUGGUAAAAAGCGAUAAUAAAAAUGUUGAAUAAAAAAACCUUAGAAGUAAGCUGUGGUUUUGUUGUG